AUGGCGCCGAAUCCCAUAAUGAUACCGAGGAAGCCCGUUCCUCGACGAUCGGAACAUCACAAGCCUAGAAGAUCGAGCGCGUCCUACUGGCAAGAACCUCUCCUUGGCGGCGCAAUCCUGGUCCUGCUCGCUGCAGCCUUCCCGUUGGCUCGAAUAUGGCUUUUAUCCGGUGCUGGCAUAGAGAGCAGCCUGAUUCUCUGGGGCUCGAGGACUGGAAGUCGGGUGUUCUCCUCAAUACCGCUUUGGACCGUGCUGGCGACUCUCAACCUCAUCUACGCCAUCUGCUCGACCUCCUGGCUGCUGCACGGGAUCUUCGCGACGCUAUGCUGGAUCUCUGUGGGGCUCACUUCGUUGUUUCAAUUUCCUACGGCGGCGCACUAUGCGAGGAGAGCUCUCCGGAAGGCGCUCGGCAAGCAUCCGCAUUUUAUUAAGGAUAAGAUUGCGUUGUUCAACUUGCCUGCGUUGGAGAUUGACACGGAGGUUGAUGGGUUGAUGGUCAUGCGGGGUGUGACUAUAUCACUCUCUAGCUUGACACUGGUGGUGCAUGGCAUUGAGCUUGGACUCAAGCUCGCCGACGACAUUGAGCUGGCAAUAUACGUUGACGAAGUAACAGUACGACUGUUUCGGCGCAUUGAGGUUGGCGAUGUCUACGCAAACGUAAAAGGUGGCCAGUUUGAAAUGACCUUCUCUGGCUUGGACGACCCAGCGGACGAUGCGGCGAGCGUAGAAAGCGUGUUCCUCGACGAUACACCACUACUUCGAGCUGCUACUCUUGGCUCCGAGGGCUUCCAGGAUAGGCCAAAGCUGCGGGAGACCCUCACGGGAGUUAGCUAUGUUCGAGACUCUUCAGCCAGGGCCGGGUUUGACAGUGUGCAGAGCUUUUCACCGGACGAUGAGAUUGCAGAUCGGCAAUAUCACGACAGACUUACCGAGAUACGAACCAGCAGUGCAGUCUACCAAUCACGGCAACAAGUCCGGCACAAGGCCAAGAGCGGCAGCGGCUUCACUGUUGACGAUGAGCAGGACAUGCGAGCUGCAGUGUCUGCAGAGCUACACGGCCUGCCUUCUGUACCUCACCCACCAUCGCGGUCAGUUCGUGUCACGACAUUGCAAAGACUGUCACCUCCAUACAUGAGACGGUUCAUGCAUCGAUUGCCGUUCCUCCUGCGUCUGUUGCUUGCGCCUCUUAGCUACUUCCACCCUAUCAACAUAUCGAGCAUCAACGCUGCAGGCUCAGGACAAUGGGUGUCACAGCUACUGCAACAGCAAGUAUUCAAGGAAUACGCAGAGACCAACUUGCAACUGCGAAAACUUCAUCGCAGAAUCUCACACUGGUUGGCAGACGCCAACUUCUGCCUUCAGCUCGCAGACAUCCACGGCUUGGGGCAGGUCCCUCUGAGCACCAGCUUCGACAUCGUGGCAUACCUCAAGUUCAACGAUGUCAUGGCCUACCGCACUGAGCCUCAAUCCAGCACGAUCAGACAGGUCGUUCGUCUUGGUGGAGCAGAUGCGACUUUCACCAUCCCCUCAUUCCUGCUCCCGCACCACGAGCACAUCGUUCCCCCUCAGCCAACAGCGGAAGACGAGGAGGAGCUGGAAGUUGAAAUUGAAGAAUCUACCAGCUUGCCCAAAGCCGUUCAGACAGAGCGUGAGUUCAAACGAACGAAGAAAGACGAAACCGAAAUCACCAUGAGCGUUCACGCAAGCCUUCCCGCCAGCUGCGAUCAAUCCCUCCUAAACUUCAUCGCGGCGCUAGUGAAGGCCACGAAGAUCAUCGAGCUCGAGAAGGAAGUCGACGAAGUAGACACGGCAUCGCCAUCAUCGGACGAGCCCGCAACGCCCACUAGCCCGACCUUCGACAACAUCGACAGCAUCUCCAUCGCCAGCAACGACUCCACAUCCACCGACUUCCGCACUCGCAGCCCCAGCAAACCCGCCUUACCUCUCAACAGCGUCAAAGACAUCGCCUCGUUCAAACUCCUCGCCAAGAACAUCCGCCAGAACCUCAAAGACGGCACGACGUCCAACUCGAUCAAAGAGUUUGCGCGAGACCUCCAUCAGCAGACGAAGGAUGGCAUGAAGAAGGCGAUGGUGGGUGGAUUGGUGAAUGACCGGUGGAUUGCGAAGUUGGUGGGCAAGACGGCGGCGAUGUUGCAGAAGGCGCAGGGGGAUGUGGGGUAUAGUGGGAGUAUACCGAUUGCGUUGGGGCCGUAUCGGAGUGAGAGUACGGGAGAGUGGGGGACGAAGAUUUUGCCGUGA